GCUCACGCAGCGAUUUUCAGCGCCGGCCGGUAAAUGCUCGUGUAGCUCUAGACUCUGGCCGUCUCUGUAGUUGAGUUGCUGCGUGUUGCUCUGUCCUCACCCAGUUUGCCGUCAUCUCCCCCCCACCUCUCCCCGCGGCCGCGCCUGCGCCCCUCCCCCGGACUCGGCCCGUGAACCCUACCUCGCCGCGGGAUCGUCGCCAUGCCACCGCGCGAGGACUCCAACGGCGCGGGAGGCGCCUCCUCCGCCUCCCCGUCGGAGCCCGCCCCUCCUCCGCCGCCGCAGCCGGCCAAGGCCAAGGGGAAGAAGGAGGAGAAGAAGGACGACGAUCUGUCGGAGGAGGACCAGGCGUUCAAGGAGAAGCUCGAGCUGUACGUGGUGCGCGCGCAGGACCCCGAUCCUGGCGUCCAGAAGUUCGCGCUCGAGAGCAUGAGGAAAGAGAUUCGUUCAGCGACAAGUUCAAUGACGUCUGUCCCAAAGCCUCUCAAAUUCCUCCGCCCGCACUACGGGACUCUCAAGGCUUACUUUGAGACUAUGCCAGACUCUGAUCUGAAGAAGUAUAUGGCUGACAUACUGUCGGUAUUGGCCUUGACAAUGUCUGUUGAAGGUGAAAGAGAGAGCUUGAAGUAUCGAAUGAUGGGCUCUGAAGGUGAUAUCGGUUCAUGGGGUCAUGAAUAUGUGAGGAAUUUGGCUGGUGAAAUCGCACAAGAAUUCCAAAAGCGUCAGUACGAUGACAUGCCAAUUGAUUCCCUGAUGGAACUAGUCCAGCAAAUUGUUUCAUUUCACAUGAAGCACAAUGCCGAGCCUGAAGCUGUGGAUCUUCUGAUGGAGGUCGAAGACCUUGAUUUGUUAGUUGAGCAUGUGGACGCCACAAACUAUAAAAGGGCCUGCCUGUACCUCACUAGUUCUUCUAAAUACCUUCCUUCUCCUGAUGAUAUGUUGGCACUUGAAAUAGCUUUUACCAUUUACCUGAAGUUCGGGGACCUUGCAAGUGCCUUGCGUAUCGCACUUCUGCUUGACAACAAGCAGUAUGUGAAGCAGGUUUACGCAGCAACUGAUGAUCUUCUCCUGAAGAAGCAAUUUUCAUAUAUCAUAGCACGGCAUGGUUUAAGCAUGGAGAUUGAUGACGAGAUAGCUGCAGAUGUAAAUGAUAAGGAGGCUUUGCAGGAAAUAGUUUAUAAUACUAAACUCAGCGAGGGAUACCUUACCCUGGCACGAGAUAUUGAGGUUAUGGAGCCAAAAUCUCCAGAGGACAUAUAUAAGGUUCAUCUGAUUGAUGGCCGAGGUGCUACAAGCUCCAGUCUUGAUUCUGCGAGACAAAAUUUGGCCGCUACAUUUGUUAAUGCAUUUGUGAAUGCUGGAUUUGGCCAGGACAAACUCAUGACUGCCCCGUCAGAUUCUUCUGGUGGUGCUUCUGGAAACUGGCUAUUCAAGAACAAGGAACAUGGAAAAGCUAGUGCAGCUGCUAGUCUGGGAAUGAUUCAUCUGUGGGAUUCUGAUUCAGGACUUGCCCAACUUGACAAGUACCUGCACAGUAAUGAUACUCAUGUUGUUGCUGGAGCUUUGUUAGGUAUUGGAAUUGUCUCUUGUGGUGUCAAGAAUGAUUGUGAUCCUGCACUUGCUCUUAUUUCUGAGUAUAUCAGCAAGGAAGACUCUAUUAUACGAAUUGGGGCGAUCUUGGGUCUUGGUAUUGCUUAUGCUGGCUCUCAGAAAGAUGAGCUUAGAGCGCAUCUAUCAACUAUACUAGCUGACUCCCGAACUCUAGAGGUUUUAGUCUUCUCUGCCAUCUCAUUGGGAUUGGUAUUUGUCGGUUCCUGCAAUGAAGAGAUUGCACAAUCGAUCAUAUUUGUCUUGAUGGAUCGUAGUGAAGCAGAGCUUGCAGAGCCCAUUAUACGCCUGCUUCCUGUUGCACUUGGCCUUCUAUAUCUUGGAAAACAGGAGAGUGUGGAGGCUACUGCAGAGGUUUCUAAAACAUUUGAUGAAAAGAUAAGGAAGUACUGUGACGUGACUCUUAUGUCACUGGCAUACGCUGGAACAGGGAAUGUUCUUAAGGUUCAGAAACUCCUUGGUAUUUGCUCAGAACAUCUCGAGAAAGGUGAAACCCACCAAGGGCCAGCAGUCCUUGGGAUUGCUCUCAUUGCGAUGGCUGAAGAAUUAGGAGCUGAAAUGGCUGUACGCUCCCUUGAGCGUCUCUUACAGUAUGGGGAGCAGAAUAUUAGAAGAGCAGUUCCUCUUGCUCUUGGCUUGCUCUGCGUAUCCAACCCAAAGGUAAAUGUUAUGGACACACUGAGUAGACUUAGCCAUGAUGCGGAUGCUGAAGUGUCAAUGGCUGCAAUCAUGUCACUGGGCUUGAUUGGUGCUGGUACGAACAAUGCUCGUAUAGCUGGGAUGCUUCGUAAUCUCUCAAGUUAUUAUUACAAAGAAGCUGGGCACCUGUUCUGUGUAAGGAUUGCUCAAGGUCUUGUUCACUUGGGGAAGGGCCUGCUUACACUUUCCCCAUAUCAUUCCGACCGGUUUCUUCUUUCCCCGAUGGCACUUGCUGGUCUUGUGACUGUUCUGCAUGCAUGUCUUGACAUGAAAUCCAUCAUUCUGGGAAAGUAUCACUACAUGUUGUACACCCUUGUCCUGGCUAUGCAGCCUAGAAUGCUAUUGACAGUGGAUGAGGAUCUCAAGCCGCUCCCUGUUCCAGUACGUGUUGGUCAGGCUGUUGACGUUGUUGGUCAGGCAGGAAGACCGAAGACAAUCACUGGAUUCCAGACACACUCCACACCUGUAUUGCUCGCUGCAGGGGAGCGGGCUGAGCUGGCAACUGAGAAAUACAUUCCAUUGACGCCGUUUCUUGAGGGUUUCGUGAUCCUGAAGAAGAACCCUGAGUAUCAUGAGGAAUGAGGGAUCAGUGUGGCGCAAGCGGCGUGGGAAGAUGCUGGAAUAUCAUGAAGAAGCACCAUAGUGUCACACAAGCAAAGGACAAUCGGCACGGCGUAGAGGUUGCGUACUUUAGUAUGCUGUAUGCCCAGUUGUAACAGAGUUCGGGCUGUAAGGUGGUUGGUGUAACAACUGCAUAGCAUAGCCAAAACGUUGUUUUUUUAGACUGACCCACCAGACCAGAAUGGAAACGACCGAGUUCCUUGCCACGUGUAUAUCCAUCCUUCUGUGCCUUACUGUCAUGAUA